UACGAGCGAUUAUUUUUCCCGGCACGCGUUUCAUGUACAAGCACGUGUGCGCGGAAGCAGAGCUCGCGGACGUGCCGAGAAAAUGAAAUACCACUGGCUCGGCUUAGUCGCCAGACGUUUAAUCAACGCUAAGCACCGACACCAAUUGCCUGGCCGCGAGUUCGGACAGCCGACAAAACGAUGCGCUGUGUCGCGCUACAUCCUCGUUUCGUAAACUCGGCGUAUUCGUGCGAUAAAGAAAACGAUCACCACGUCGCUUCGGUGGAUCGACGUUCCAAUCGGAGAUGGAACGCGUGACGAAAAUAAAAUACGCUCUAAUAAAUUGAUCAAUUUCAAUGAAUGGAACGUGUCGGUAUUCGAGUGGCUCCGGUGCAGCGACGAAGCGAGCAAAAUCAUCGACGAAAAUUUUUCGUCGCAAACAAGCAGUCCUUAUGUGAAAUUCAAGAAGCUUCGUAACUCACAAAAGAUCGGCGGCAGGAAAGUCAAUUGAUAUUCGCACACUCGAACAAGGACUACACGUGCGCUGCGAGUAUACGAGAGGAAGCAUCUGUUUGAUGUAAACGAUGUGCGGUACGAAGGACAUCCUAGCGAAGCUGUGUAUCCUGCUGUUUCUUUGCGAACACGCAACGUGCUUCGUUAUUCCGGAGGAAUUGCCCACCAUACUGUCGCUCAUCUACUCCAAUAUCCCACCGAUAAAGAAAGGUACCGACUCGAGGAUAGGCGUUGGUUUCCGGCUUGGCGAACACGCGGACUUCCAGAUGCUGUUCGAGUUGGGACCGCAAACGGAAACCGAGCCCAUUAGCAAUGCCGACUCGAAGAGACGUCGAGACGCGAUGUUCAACGCCGCGAUGAGAGGAGAGCUCGGAUCGCUGGCUCAGGCAGUGGCCAAGUACCAGUUGGAGCGCAAAUUACAGAAGGAAUUGGAUAGAUUAAAGAAGACGGAGAAGAAGUCAAACGCAGUGGCUACGCCGGGAAACGACGACAAAAACACUGUCGCAAGCGAAUGGCUAACCAAGUGGAGCAAGGAUAUGGGCAAGUCGUCGGAGGACCGAUCGUCCUCGGAAGACGUUUCGGCUGAGAAGAACGCGUCGACGCCCGCGAAAAUUCAAACCGUACAAAGGAUAAGACAUAGUUCGCAAUCGAAUGACAAGAGAAAUACGAUUUCCGACUUGAAACAAUUGUACAAAUCGCAGAGCGAUACGGAGAUAGAGAAGAGAAUUACCUAAUCGUAAUACGUUAAUCGUUAGUAAGGUACGUUCGUCGUGAAUUUUGUAGAUAGAUCGUUCGUUAACUAUAUAUAUAUAUAUGUACGAUGAAAGUAAUGAAGCAGGAAAGAAGACUAAAUUGAUUAAUAUGGUUUUUACGUGCCAAAGAACUUUGGACCUGCUAUUACCAGUUGUAGGGAAAGCGUGUUAAACUGUAGAAGCUUUUAUUCUUUCGACGGAUGAUUUGGUAAUAUAGAAAUACCGACGGAACGCGACUUUGUCGUACAAACGAGAAUAUGUGCUCGACAAAAUGGAAAAUUGUGGCUGUUGUAUAGGGAAUAAGAUUUUAUAAACGAGAUCGUUAUUUGUAUACCGCUCUAUGAAAUUGUGUAAGAAAACAGAGUGAAAUACUA